GCACAAAGUUUGUGCCUGCGGUGCGCCUCGGUCGAGCUCGCCGGGCUCGAGGGCGGGCGGCCGGGGCUACGAGGCCCGGGGGGAGAGAGCCGGCAGGCGGCGGCGGCGGCGGUGGCGGCGGGGGCGAUGCGCCGCGCCCGGCCGCGCUAGGUGAGCCGGCUCCGGGAGCGCGGGCCGCGGCCAUGGGCACCCUCGGCAAGGCGAGAGAGGCUCCGCGGAAACCUUCCCAUGGCUGCAGAGCUGCCCCUAAAGCAAGACUAGAGGCAAAGCCAGCCAACAGCCCCUUCCCCUCCCAUCCCAGCUUGGCCCAGAUCACCCAGUUCCGAAUGAUGGUGUCUGUGGGACAUUUAGCCAAAGGAGCCAGCCUGGACGAUCUCAUUGACAGCUGCAUUCAAUCUUUUGAUGCAGAUGGAAACCUGUGUCGAAGUAACCAACUGUUGCAAGUCAUGCUGACCAUGCACCGAAUUAUCAUCUCCUCUGCAGAACUGCUCCAAAAAGUUAUCACCCUCUAUAAGGAUGCUUUGGCAAAGAAUUCACCAGGACUUUGCCUGAAGAUCUGCUAUUUUGUAAGGUAUUGGAUAACAGAAUUCUGGGUCAUGUUUAAAAUGGACGCCAGCUUGACAGACACUAUGGAGGAGUUUCAGGAACUGGUGAAAGCUAAGGGUGAGGAGUUACACUGCCGCCUGAUUGACACAACUCAAAUCAAUGCCCGUGACUGGUCCAGGAAACUCACUCAAAGGAUAAAAUCAAAUACCAGCAAGAAACGGAAAGUCUCCCUGCUCUUUGACCAUCUGGAACCAGAAGAGCUAUCCGAGCACCUCACCUACCUUGAGUUCAAGUCCUUCCGAAGGAUAUCGUUCUCUGAUUAUCAGAAUUACCUUGUAAAUAGCUGUGUGAAGGAAAACCCCACCAUGGAGCGAUCUAUUGCUCUGUGCAACGGCAUCUCCCAGUGGGUACAACUGAUGGUUCUCAGCCGCCCCACCCCGCAGCUCCGAGCAGAAGUCUUCAUCAAGUUCAUCCAGGUGGCUCAGAAGCUCCACCAACUACAGAACUUCAAUACACUGAUGGCUGUGAUAGGUGGGCUGUGUCACAGCUCAAUCUCGAGGCUCAAGGAGACAAGUUCGCAUGUCCCACAUGAAAUCAAUAAGGUUCUCGGUGAGAUGACUGAGCUGCUGUCCUCCUCCAGAAACUAUGACAAUUACCGGCGAGCCUAUGGAGAGUGCACCGACUUCAAGAUCCCCAUUCUGGGUGUGCAUCUCAAGGACCUCAUCUCCCUGUAUGAAGCCAUGCCUGACUAUCUGGAGGAUGGGAAAGUGAACGUCCACAAGCUACUGGCCCUGUACAAUCAUAUCAGUGAAUUGGUCCAGCUGCAAGAGGUGGCCCCACCCUUGGAGGCUAACAAGGACUUGGUACACUUGCUGACGUUAUCCCUGGAUCUUUAUUACACUGAGGAUGAAAUCUAUGAGCUUUCCUAUGCUCGGGAACCAAGGAACCACAGAGCUCCACCACUAACACCUUCAAAGCCACCAGUAGUAGUGGACUGGGCUUCUGGAGUGUCUCCCAAACCUGACCCAAAGACCAUUAGCAAACACGUCCAGAGGAUGGUGGAUUCUGUCUUCAAGAACUAUGAUCACGACCAGGAUGGAUACAUUUCUCAGGAAGAAUUUGAAAAGAUUGCUGCAAGUUUUCCAUUUUCCUUCUGUGUGAUGGACAAAGACAGGGAAGGCCUCAUCAGCAGGGAUGAGAUCACAGCCUACUUCAUGCGAGCCAGCUCAAUCUAUUCCAAGCUGGGCCUGGGCUUUCCUCACAACUUCCAAGAGACCACCUACCUGAAGCCCACUUUUUGUGACAACUGUGCUGGAUUUCUCUGGGGAGUGAUCAAACAAGGAUAUCGAUGUAAAGACUGCGGAAUGAACUGCCACAAACAAUGCAAAGAUCUGGUUGUGUUUGAGUGCAAGAAGCGAGCCAAGAACCCAGUAGCUCCCACAGAGAACAACACUUCUGUGGGGCCAGUGUCCAACCUUUGCUCAUUGGGAGCCAAAGAUCUGCUCCAUGCACCUGAGGAAGGACCUUUUACAUUCCCUAAUGGGGAGGCUGUGGAACAUGGUGAGGAGAGUAAGGAUCGGACCAUCAUGCUGAUGGGAGUGUCCUCACAGAAGAUUUCUCUUCGGCUGAAGAGGGCUGUUGCCCACAAGGCCACCCAGACUGAAUCACAGCCUUGGAUUGGCAGUGAGGGCCCUUCAGGUCCCUUUGUGCUGUCUUCCCCAAGGAAGACAGCCCAGGAUACUCUUUAUGUGCUUCCCAGUCCCACCUCUCCAUGUCCUAGCCCAGUCUUGGUCAGAAAGCGGGCUUUUGUCAAGUGGGAGAAUAAAGACUCCCUCAUAAAAUCAAAGGAGGAGCACCGUCACCUCAGACUGCCUACCUACCAAGAGCUGGAACAGGAAAUAAAUACUCUGAAAGCAGAUAAUGAUGCCCUAAAGAUCCAACUGAAAUAUGCACAGAAGAAAAUAGAAUCCCUCCAGCUUGAAAAAAGCAAUCAUGUCUUAGCUCAAAUGGAGCAGGGUGACUGUUCUUAGCCCAGAAACUAAGUAGCACAAUCUGUAGAUGAGUAUAGUAAUCUCCUUUCCUAAACUGUAACGCACAGACCUGAGGAACUUUACACUGACCAGCUUUAAAACAGUACUUUAAAAGGAAAAGCCUGUUACUGUUUAUUUACCUAAAAGAUUCCUAAUGUGCAGCAUUGUUUUCUCUUUCAGUUGACUCACUCAAAGGGGGAAAACUAAACAAUGCAAAACUUUUGCUAUUCAUACCACUGAUGUUCAUCAAAAGUAUGCGAUCUAAAACAUGACUAUCAUUUCCUGCCAAUGGGGCAUCUCAAUGGCCUGCCUGGCUAAUUCUUCCUUAAAACUAAAAUCUCUGGAAAAUGUAUGUGCUUCUUACCCUGUGUUUUCUGCAAACUGACUGACUUUGUUCCAGCCAAAGCUUGCUAAUAAUAUAAAACUACCCAUAUUCCAAAAGUAGAUUUCCUCUGUAUCCCAGCAUACUUUGUGAACCUGGCUCCUUCUUCACUACCUCAGAUCUAAUCAAUUAGUCUAUGUACCCUCCUUCCUCACUACAGUCAUAACACAUGAGCGUAUCUACCUAGAAGACAAUUUCUACCGAUGUAGCCACAACUUUUUAGAGGCCUAUUAAACAUGAUAUUAUCCAAUUGCAGGUCAACUUAUAGUUGCAGCCUUACAACUUACAGUCAUCAUAAAAUAAGUAAUCAAAUUAGGUACAUAGCUAUUACCAUCUCAUAUUACUAAUUAAACAUAACGCAAACAUGUUUGUCCUUAUAUAUUCUACAGUGGAUAGAAUUAGGAAUUGAUGGCUUUAAAAAAAAAGUCUAUGAAGAGUCUGUUUAACUCUUCAUGUUCUAUCUUUAUCUUCUGAAGUAAACUAUUUUGAAAGCUCUCUUUUUGAAAGGAAUUUGUGCUUAACUGUCUUCACUAUUAAUACUAUUUAGAAAUAAGCUAACUGGAUCAGUAGCUUAAAUAAUAGCUGUGUGUACAUAUGUAUAUAAUAUGUAUAUACAAUAUCAGGCAUGCAUGUGGCUUGGAAUUUUGUUUCCUCCAUAAAAUGUGGAAGUGAAUUAAACAAGUUUUAGUCAUUUAUACAAAGUCACAAAUAUAAAGUUCAGUUUGUCACAAGAUUAAAUUGCUCACAAGGUAAAACUGUAUUGUUUGGCAAAAUCACAAGUAACAGUCCUGUGAGUUUUCUAUUAUGAAGGUUAAUAAUAAAUGGGCUCAUUUAGUUGCCUGGGCACCUAUUCACAAAUUCAUUUGUCAGCCUCUUUUUAGUUCUCUUAAAAAAAUAAAAUCAUAUGAUCAUUUUCCUUUUUGGGGGUACUUAGCUUCCAUGCCUAUAAAGUCUGGUACCAGACUGACCUGAAAUUCAUAAACAAGUUGUCCAAUUGCCAAAAAUAUGUUAACAAUUAAAAGUUCCAAACCUAAAGCCAAUAGCACCAAGUCUUCAUACGAAUACAAAGUAUAUAUACAGUAUUGCUUACCUGGAGGAUUCAGAUCAUUUAGGAAUUCUCUUUGAUGAAAGACCAGUUCCCAUUUGAGUUCCUCCUUGCACUGAGUUUUAGUGAUACAGAACUAGCUUGUAGUUAGUGUUUCAGUACAUUAUAAAGAAUCGUUUUACACACAUAUUUACCCUUUUCCAAAUUUAAACUCAGAAAUACCCAAAGCAGGCCUGCUUAAGCCCACUACCUGGCAUAUAAACUUAUAGUAACACUUUGUUACUUGCUUUUUAAUAGGACAGACUCUAAAAUUCAUAUUCUUCACUAUUCGUCUUUUCCUUUGAUAUAGACCAAAGAUGGUAUACUCUAAUUUUUUUAAACAGUAAUGGAACACAAUUUUUUUCAUUCUUCCUCCUCUCCAUUCAAAAUAAAGAUCCCCAGUUAGUUUUUAUAUAAAUAAUCUAUAGGGAUUCAAAAGGUCACAGUCCCCUUAAUUAGUCAAAUUAGCAAUGGCUAAACAGUAUCAAGUACUGCAGAAUUUAUCACUGAAAUGGAUAAGAGGAAAGUUUCAUCACAGGUUUUUACAGUCCAGCAAGGGCCAAAGAGGUAUAGUAUACAAGUUAAUAGUAUUUGUGUUGAGCAACAUGGGGCCAGUGGGAUCACAGAAAUCUGAAAGAAAACAAACAAACAAACAAAAAAAAACGUUUUGGCUUAUCAAGCCUAGUGUAAAUUUUUGCAUCUCACACAACUCUAGUUUGGCCAGGUAUUUAUCUGCCAAAACAAGGACAAAUCUUGUUGUAUUAACAGCAGGGUCACUUCUCAUUUUCUUUGCUGACUUACCUUUUUACUGAUCAUUGUGAAUUUCUGUCUAAAAAUGUAUAAUAUAGAAAUGCAAGAAAAAAACAAAUGUACAGAUUGUAAAGUUUUUUGAUACCUAAUGUAAGUUUUCUCUGUGUAAUAUUUAUAUGAUAAAAGACAUUAGGUUCCCUACAA